GCCAGCGCUCACUUUUUCCGCGUCUGCCAGUGGCUUCCCACACGCUCGCUUUAGCCAUGUUCCCCCCGGUUUCAUUCGUUUGACAUUUCACGUAGCAGCGUUUGGUCUUGCGCGGCGGUCGGGCGAGCCGCUGCGUCGCAUGUUGGCCUUUCCGACGGCCGAACAAAUGUCACUCUCCAUUCAGGAACAAGCCGAAGAAGCGAGCUAACAGCCGUUUAGCUUUCAGGAGAAUAACGUCGCUGCGAGGCAGCCAACCGGGCACAAAGCUUCUAUGCCCUACGACUGUCUGCCCCAAUCAGAGGAUGUAUCCGCCUUCCAGAAAGGACUUCAUCUCUCUGACACUCAGUGAUCCGCACAGUCACACCUACAACAAUGGCAAGCACCGCAGACAGUCCUGCUGGAGGAAAUGGAAGCAGCUGUCUCGGCUCCAGCGAAGCCUCAUCCUGUUCCUGCUGGCUCUGCUGCUCAUAUUUGGACUGCUCUCCUAUCCAGGCAUCACAGAGCAAUGGGGAGGGUUGUCUGACAGGGAGGACUGGCUGGAGCUAAAUGACAGAGAGUUGAAGGAUGUUCCUCCAGAUGUGAAGCCUGUAUUGGGUCCAGCUGCAGGUAAAGCUCCCGCUCCUGUGGCAGGGCCACAUGUUGGAGCAGCUUUAGGUCCAGAUGCUGUGGCGGAGCCCAGAGGACCAAAUGUCCCCAUUUUGGCUAAACCUCCCAUUAAGAAAAAGACAUUUCCAAAGAGAGGUCCACCAACCAUGCAGAGAGACGGAAAUGUUUCAGACACAGUCGGUGGGGAAAAGCGAGGGCAAGAGCUGGUUCAAGAUGGAGGCGAGGAUGAGGACAAAGAAAAGAAGAUUGUCAGCUGGAGAGGAGCAAUGAUUGAAGCCGACCAGGCCACAGAGCCUCCACCUUCAGCCAGUGAGAAAGAAGCUGCAGCGCCCCCAGCCAACCCUGCUGAUACUGUCCCACUGGAAGUUUCAACUGGAAAAGUGGACAGACUGGAGGCAGUACGUGAUGCCUUCAGACAUGCGUGGAAAGGCUAUAAGGACUAUGCCUGGGGUCACGAUGAGCUCAAGCCCAUUUCCAAGUCUUUUGGAGAGUGGUUUGGACUGGGUUUGACCCUUAUUGAUUCUCUGGACACUAUGUGGAUUAUGGGCCUAAAAGAAGAGUUUGAAGAAGCAAAGAACUGGGUAGAGAAAGAGCUUUCCUUCAACAAAAAUGCAGAUGUGAAUCUUUUUGAGACAACCAUCCGUAUCCUCGGGGGCCUGCUGAGUACCUACCAUCUAACAGGAGACCAUCUCUUUCUGGAGAAGGCGAAAGAUCUUGGGUCCAGGUUGAUGCCUGCCUUCAAAACUCCCUCAAAGAUCCCGUUUUCAGAUGUCAACAUUGGGAAGGGAACAGCCCACCCCCCUCGAUGGACAUCAGACAGCACGCUGGCCGAGGUCACCAGCAUUCAGCUGGAAUUCAGAGAGCUGAGCCGUCUCACCCAGGAACCACAGUACCAGGAGGUCGUGAAUGAGGUUAUGGAGCUGGUCCACAAUCUGCCAGGCAAACAAGAUGGCCUGGUGCCAAUGUUCAUCAACACCAACAGUGGCCAGUUCACCCACAAAGGAGUCUUCACGCUUGGUGCCAGGGCAGACAGCUACUAUGAAUACCUGCUUAAACAGUGGCUCCAGGGAGGCAAGACGGAAGACAGCCUUUUGGAGGACUACUUGCAGGCUGUGGAGGGAGUGAAAAAACACCUCGUGAGACAGACAGGGCCCAGCAGAUUGACGUUUGUUGGAGAGCUGUCCCACAACCGCUUCAACCCUAAGAUGGAUCACCUGGUGUGCUUCCUGCCAGGAACCUUAGCGCUGGGGGCCCACAACAGCCUCCCAGGGGACCACAUGGAUCUGGCAGUGCAGCUGAUGGAGACCUGUCACCGGAUGUACACACAGAUGGAGACUGGGCUGAGCCCAGAGAUUGCACACUUCAGCCUGCAGGCCAGUGACGGACGUGACGUUGUUGUCAAGCCUGCAGACAGACACAACCUGCUGAGACCAGAGACGGUGGAAAGUCUGUUCUACAUGUACAGAUUCACUAAGGACACUAAGUACAGAGACUGGGGAUGGGAGAUACUGCAGAGCUUCAAUAAGUACACUAAGGUCUCUGGUGGUGGCUACACAUCCAUCAACAACGUCCGUGACCCCGUUAACCCCGGGCCCCGGGACAAGAUGGAGAGUUUCUUCCUGGGUGAGACGCUGAAGUACUUGUAUCUGCUCUUCUCUGAUGACAUGGAGCUGCUCAGUCUAGACAAAUAUGUCUUCAACACAGAGGCUCAUCCUCUCCCCAUAUGGCCCUCUCCACCCAAGUGAUGUCACCAUACAGGAGACUUCCGUAAAGAUCAGGCCCAGAGAGUCCUGUAUGAGUCAAAGACUGUUAUUGCCGCUCAGUCCGAUUCAUCUCUGAGUAACCACCCAGACUGGACUGCUGUGUUGAGCAGUAAAGCUGAUCUGUGCUGUCUACCUGUACUUUGGUACAUUUACACAUGGAAGAGUUUAUUUUUGAUUUGUUUUCUAAGGAAAAGGUUUGUGUUAGAGCUGGUCUCUAAUGCACAAAAACUUUUUAAAAUCAGUUCUGACUAGCUGGAGCUAACAGGAAACAAGAGAGAGGAAAGCGGUCUUUCUUUAUUUUCCAGGUGAGUUGGAGAGCUCUUAUAUGAAUGUGGGGACAGCAAUCAUGUUCCCCCCCAGAGUUUUUGUUUGCCGUGUGAGUUGAAAACCCUCAUUAGUUCAACAUAGUCAGGUGUCAUGGCUGCGAAGAGGUCAACAGAUGUGACACUUGAAGGCACAGUAACCAGCGAAGGAAAUAUAUGGAGAAUGUUCAGCUAAAUUUAUGUUUAAAGAGACUGCUCUGAUGGAGGAACCACAUAUUGUUGGUCUUUAUUUUGGCAACAUUCAAUGCACUCGCUCAUGUAUUAAACUGGCAUAAAGAAGAAGUUAAGUUAUGACUAGUUAGUACUUUUUCUUCCCUCUCAGGAAAUUCUUUCCCUGCAUUGUCCCGUCCUAAGUGUUUGGAAGCAGUGGGCAGUAAUAGUGCAGCAUCCUGGGACCAUUUUCAGUUCUGAGGCCAGUGCCUUGCAGAAAAGCAAAGGCAGAGUGUUCCUAAUACCUAACAUGAAUGUCUUUAAUUAAAUGAAGACUUGAAGUAAAGAAUUAGGAGGUUUGAGGCCACCAGAUUAAAACAAUGGCUAUAAUGGUUAUUUUCACUAAGAUGGGGCAGUUGAAGAAUUGUGGAGCCCUGGAAAGCAUUGCAAAGUGGUGGUAGUUACGGUUUUUAGGUCAUGGUCAUAUGACCUUACAGUUAAAAAAAAAAAAGAUGUAUAUAAAGGUGUAAUGAAUGAAUCAGUCCUGAAUGAUUUUCAUUCAGGUACAUACACAUAAUUACACCUUGUUUUGUUGAUGAAUGUAGACAUUUGUUCUGUGAUUAUUUUAUUUUUUUUUUUUUUAAUUUAUUAUUAUUUUCUUUUUGCAUUUUUGUCACAGAGGAACACUUCCACGCACUCUUGAGUCGCAUCCUGAUUUUGAUUAAAUUCAUGCUUGUUUUAUGAGAAAUAAAGGGGAAUCAUCUAAGGCUGCCCUUCAGCUGCCAUGCAGCCUCAAAUGUGCAGCUGCUGUGAAGCGAGAUCAAAAUAAACCAACUCAGUACAUUAUCAUUUCCUGUGUCAGGGACGAUAUACAUGCAGCCGCUCAGUCAUCCUCUUUUCACAGGCGAUUUGUUUUAAGAAGUGAAGUUUGUUGAAUUGUUUUCUUCAUGCUUGAAGGAGUUUGAUUCAUUUUUGUUUAGCAAUCCCUGACUCGCCAUCAAAUGUGAUGUAGAGCAGUGUGGAAGCUCUUGUUUUCCAUACAGUAAUGUUGACAAAGCAGUUUGAAGGACGUAUCUGGUGUAGUGUGUGUGUGUGUGUGUGUGUGUGUGUGUGUGUGUGUGUGUGUGUGUG